UAGUGAAUAGCGUUUAUGGAAGCGUGUACUGGUUAGGAACCAGAUACAAUACAACACAGUCUAUCUUCACGAUCACGAGUCUCGCUCGACUCUGAGAAAACCCUAAUCUCCUUCGAACAAAUGGCGCGCAAAUCCUCCGUCCUCCAACGAGCAGCCAUCGCCGUCGUCUCCGUAAUCGCAAUCUACGCCAUCCUCAACGCCUCCGUCAGCCGCUCCCUCCCUUCCUCGUCCGAUCUCCCGCGUCAGCUCAUCCGCGAAGAGCGAGAACGAGAAGCUCCUUCUCCGAUCCAGCCCAGAGUCAAGGUUUACAUGUACGAUCUCCCCACGAGAUUCACCCACGGCGUAAUCCAGCAGCACGCCAUCGUCCGCGGCGGCGGGGGGAUGAUGAAGAAGCCUACCAAUGACGUCACCGCGCUCAAGUACCCGGGUCAUCAGCACAUGCACGAGUGGUACCUCUUCUCGGAUCUAAACCGACCCGAGUCGGAUCGAUCCGGCUCUCCCAUCACCCGCGUGUUGGAUCCCGCCGACGCGGAUCUCUUCUACGUCCCCGUGUUCUCUUCCCUCAGCUUGAUCGUUAACGCGGGUCGCCCGGUUGAGCCCGGGUCGGGUUACAGCGACGAGAAGAUGCAGGAGGGGUUGAUUGAUUGGCUCGAGCGUCAGGUGUGGUGGAGGAGGAACGGAGGGAGAGAUCACGUGAUUCCCGCUGGAGAUCCGAACGCGUUGUAUCGGAUCUUGGACCGGGUCAAGAACGCGGUUCUUCUGGUUUCGGAUUUUGGGAGGCUGAGGCCUGAUCAAGGCUCGUUCGUUAAAGAUGUGGUGAUUCCUUACUCUCAUAGAGUCAAUAUGUUCACUGGGGAGAUAGGUGUUGAGUCUCGUAACACGUUGCUCUUCUUCAUGGGCAAUCGUUAUCGCAAAGAUGGUGGGAAGGUUCGUGAUUUGCUGUUCCAAGUUCUUGAAAAGGAAGGAGACGUGACGAUAAAGCAUGGGACUCAAUCUAGAGAGAACAGACGAGCUGCUACGAAAGGAAUGCAUACUUCUAAGUUCUGUCUAAACCCUGCUGGUGAUACUCCAUCCGCUUGCAGGCUGUUUGACUCUAUUGUUAGCUUGUGUGUGCCUGUGAUUGUUAGCGAUAGCAUCGAGUUGCCUUUUGAGGAUGUUAUAGAUUAUAGAAAGUUUUCGAUUUUUGUUGAGGCCAAUGUGGCACUGAAGCCUGGGUUUCUGGUUAAGAUGCUGAGGAAGAUUGGAAGGAAGAAGAUCCUGGAGUAUCAGAGAGAGAUGAAGACGGUAAGACGGUAUUUUGACUAUGGGAACCCGAAUGGAGCUGUGAAGGAGAUCUGGCGUCAAGUCUCACAGAAGCUACCACUCAUCAAGCUAAUGAGUAACCGUGACAAACGUCUGGUUCUUAGAAACUCCACUGAGCCAGACUGCUCAUGUCUGUGCACAAACCAAACUGGUGUCAUCACUUCCAUAUAAAGAAAACUCUUUUUGUCUCUUGAGCGAGACCUAUCAGAUAGUGGAGGAGCUCCUGACUUCUUGGCCCUGAGACUUGCGCAUGCGGAUGUCCGCCUCUCGUGGCUUGACUUUUCCGGUCAGGAAACAGAUUCAUAAGGAAGAUAUAUUUGAAAUCCUUAUUUUUUUUGUAGAUUCCAUUAGUUUUUUUUCUCGUACUUAAUAUAGUGUCACACUUUAUACGGACCACCAUCCAUUCUUUUUUUUGUUGCCCCAUUGUUACUCUGUACAUGUCAGUGCCUAGAAAAAUUUAAUAACUCUA